AUGUCAAACUCGACAUCAGUAGACUCCUCUUCCUCCUCCAUCGUCGGAUCAGGAAAUGCCUCACUCUACAAGGGAAUCGGUAUCGCACUUGCCGUAAGUUCCGGGUUCUUCAUCGGUGUGAGCUUCAUUUUUAAGAAGAAGGGAUUACUACAAGCCAAUACCAAAGACCAGAAGGAAGCUGGUGUAGGACAUGGCUAUUUGAAGAGCUGGAUAUGGUGGACAGGAAUGGUCCUCAUGAUCAUCGGCGAAAUCUGUAACUUUUUGGCAUACGCAUUCACCGAGGCCAUCCUCGUCACACCACUCGGCGCACUAUCCGUCGUCAUCACCGCAAUUGGGUCAUCCAUAUUCCUGAAGGAGCGGCUACCAUUCGUUGGGAAGAUUGGGUGUGCGCAGUGUAUCGUCGGCGCGGUUAUUAUUACACUCAAUGCACCCGAACAGCAAUCCGCGCGAACAAUUCAGGAUGUCCAGCACUAUAUGCUCUCAUGGCCCUUCCUCGUCUACGGCUCCCUCGUCAUCAUCGCCUCCCUCAUCCUCGCAUUCUGGGCUGGACCCAAGUGGGGAAAAGACAACAUGCUAAUUUACAUCGCAAUCUGCUCCCUCAUCGGUGGAUUAUCUGUCGUUGCUACACAAGGGUUGGGAGCAAGUAUUGUUACAGCAGCGAGUGGAACGCCGCAGUUCAAUCAUUGGUUUAUGUAUGUGUUGAUGGUCUUCGUCGUCAUCACCCUCCUCACCGAAAUCAACUACCUCAACAAAGCCCUGAACAUAUUCAACACAGCCAUCGUGACACCAACAUACUACGUCUGUUUCACCGCCUCCACCAUCGUCGCCUCGGCAAUUAUGUUCCAAGGCUUCAAAGGAACGCCUACGGUCAUCGUUACGGUAUGUAUGGGAUUCCUCGUCAUCUGUGGUGGGGUCGUCCUCCUUCAACUCUCCAAGAGCGCGAAGAAUGUCUCGGAUACGGAGGUAUUGAGGGGAGAUCUCGAUGAUGUCAAAACUGCUGUACAUGCGGAACAAGACGAGUAUGAUCCGGGGGCUGAGGCGUUGGCGGGUCCGGGAGCGAUGUUGGGGAGGCGGAUGUCGACGAUGCGACGG